AUGUUCGAGAAUACAUGUACCCUGCCUCUAUCGGCAGAUGUAUUCGCAACUGCCCUCCACCCCACGGAGCCCCUCUUGACCGUCGGUUUAUCGAGUGGCCAUGUCGAGACCUUUCGAUUGCCAUCCAGCUCUUCUUCCGACGACAAUGCCGAUGCCGAUGGUGACACGAGCGUGCUGAGCGACGGAAAGAGUAUGAUCGAAUCCGUCUGGCGCACUCGAAGACACAAGGGGAGCUGUAGAUCCUUGGUCUACUCGCACGAUGGUUCUGCUGUUUAUUCAGCUGGAACCGAUGCGCUGGUAAAGCACUUUGAUCCCAAGACCGGUCAAGUCAUUUCAAAAUUCGUGAUUCCUUCUGCAACCACGGUUCCCGAUGCGCCGACCCUCCUCCACGUCCUGAACCCCCAGAGCCUGCUUCUCGCGACCGACUCAGGUGCCCUCCACAUCAUUGACCUCAAGGACGGCAAACUGGGAAAGAAGCCCGUUCAGACUCACUUCCCCCAUGCCGACUACGUUUCUUCCAUAACACCUUUGCCGCCCACUAGUGCCAGCACCAGCGGAUUCCCGAAGCAAUGGGUCAGUACUGGCGGUACCACGCUCGCCGUAACCGAUGUUAGGAGAGGGGUGCUUGUGCGUAGCGACGACCAGGAGGAUGAGCUGUUAUCUUCUUGCUUCGUUCCAGGCUUGGGCCCUAAAGGACAUCGCAACAACGGUGUUUUGGCGGUAGGAUCUGGCUCGGGUGUAUUGACCAUGUGGGACAAGGGAGCCUGGGAUGACCAGCAGGAACGAAUCAUCGUGGAUGGCGAUAAGAAGGGCGGCGGUGAAAGUAUCGAUGCCAUGGUCUUGAUCCCGCAAGAGCUGGGACUUGGCAAGAAGGUCGUCUGCGGUGUUGGUGAUGGCAGCUUGCGUGUGGUCGACCUUGUUGCUCGGGAGGUGGACAUUUCAGCCAAUUUGCGUCACGAUCACAUGGAGAGCGUUGUAUCGCUGGGUUUCGAUUGCGAGAAUCGCCUCAUCAGCGCUGGCGGAAGGACUGUGAAGCUUUGGGAAGAGCUAUCUGCUCUUCAAGGAGACGAUGACGAAGAGGAUGAAGAUGACGACGACGAUAGCGAUGAUAGUGACGCUGGAGAGAAUGGCAACGGCAAGCGAGCUGCCGAUAGCGACAGCGAUGACGAUAGCGAGGAGGACCAGAUUGCGGAGAUGAAGCACAGGGCCAAGCGACGCAAGGAAGCCCAGCAGAGCAAACUUGGGCCCAUGGGAGCCCAUGGCGUCAUGGGCUUUGAGGGCUUAGAUUGA